AUGACGAUGAACCAGCCUGUUCGGAAUAAGAAGGAAAAGUCUCGAAGUGGAGGAAAGACUUCCAGACUGGCUGAACGUGACCAGAGACUCCCAGUGUUGCCGGAGAAUCCGACAUUGCUGGCACCUACACAUCUUGAAGAUGUACCCCGUCCCAUUGAGACCAGGGAAUUCGAUACUGUCUUGGUGUCAGGCACGUUGAAGAGCAUAGUCUGCCAUGUUCUUUCCUCGUUCGAUUCCUUGCACAAUCCAUUCCGCUCGGAAGUGCCCAGGCUAUUCAAUCAGUCUCCGCUGCUGCUCUACUGCGUGUUGAGCAUGUCCGCCGCACACCUGUACCAAAACGAAGAGUCAAAGAUUGCUGUUCCAUUGGAACUCCAGACCAAGGCCAUCUCAUACUUAGCUGGGCAGCUACCCACGCCACCCCCUAUCGACGGGCUUGAAGUGUCCAUCCGCCAUGAAUCAACAGUAGGGAGAUUUGUUGGAUCUAAUAUUCAAGAUGAUGUGCUGCUGGGGACUAUCUUACUAGGAAUGACAUCGGCCUGGCACGACGUAUCUUCCACGGGGUUAGUGCAUCUCCACGGAUCGAGGGAACUCUUCAAGGCUUGGAUGUCAUCCAGCCAUCUCAACACCACCAACGACAGAAGAGUAAUGGGCGCGACGCAAGAUUUUGUGAUCUCAUCCAUGGUGUACUGGGAAGCCAUGACCUCCUUCAUCGUGGACCAAGACACAGAUGCCCUAUCCUAUCUAGACGUCUUCUGCCACCUCUCAUGUUCUCUCAAAAGGUACCCAUGUCCCUGGACAGGUGUCGGAACAGCCACGUUUAUCUACCUCGCUAAAACGGCGGCGCUGGUGAGGAGACUGAGAGCUCUGCGGCGUAGCUCGUCGGGCAUGUUCCAAAGGAGUGACGGCAUUAUCCAAGAUACAUCCUACUACUCGGAUCUCUUACGACAAGCCACGGCCUUGAUAAAGAGCAUUUCGGCACUUGAAGCGCCGACUGUGAGCUCAUUCACGGAUAUCGGGGAUGUUUUUACGCCUCUGAGUCACCUCAUCGCCAUGGAGCAAUGUUACCGGCUGGCGGCUCUACUCGAGUUGACUAGGGCAUUUCCCGAAGUAGUGGGCACACACGUCGUUCAGAACCACGACGCCGGGCUGAAUGAUGAUGAGCAGGAGAAGAACCGGCCGGUAGAAAGAGUUUGCAAUCUUGCUUUGAGAAUACUCUGGAUCAUGGAAGGGAUACCCGUCACAUCUGGCACCGUCUCGACGCAGCUUUUACCGCUCAUCAUCGCCGGGAGCGUUCUCGGUCUAGGUUCGGGAGAGAAUAUUGCCGGUGAAGGUAUUGAGUUUCUAUGCAGUUCGAAAGAGGUCGCAAGGUGGAGAGAUUUUGUAAAAAUACGCACCCGUUGGCUUUACCAGUUGAUUCGACUGAAGCCCGUGAGGCAUGGGUUGCUCAUCUUAGAGGAAGUUUGGUCGCGCUUGGAUAACUUAGACGCUGCAGAUUGCUCUGGGGAUCUCAUACCAAAGAUUCAAAAUCAUCAUUGGAUCGAUGUAAUGGAAGAAAGGGGGCUAGAAACAAUGUUGGGGUAA